CUUUAAAGUAUGCCUUGUACGUGGGUUUACGUGGCUGUUGUAUAAAUUUAUCUUAGUAACUCGUGCCGGUAUACACGAAUGGCAAUCACAAUGUUCUCACUUCAAGCUUCGUUCACGCUUAAUAAACCUCUUCCAGCCUUUUGUAUUUAGCUAAGCCUGCACUGCAUAAUAAGCACAAUGUUUAGUUGCUUCAGUUGUGACUCCCAGGGUACUGCCCCUGCUAAGCGAAGCUUUAUUGCGCCCGGAGGGCCCAAGACCCAUGGCAGUACAGCUGGCGUUUUGUCGUCGUCAACUUCAGUCGGCGGCGGACUUCAGCAUCCCGCGGCGGUGGCGUUCCGGUCGGGGAACAUCGGCAUCACCUUUAGCGGGGCCGGCUUCCUGCUCCCGUACUUCAUCGGUGUCACCGAAGUCCUGCAGCACCUCCGCGUCCUCCGCCCUGGCCGCUCCACCCCCGUCGCCGGCUCCUCCGCCGGCAGCCUCGUCGCAGUCAGCAUCGCCUGCGGCCUCUCUAUGACCCAAAUGUACGACAGCUUCCUGGAUACCGUACGAGACUGUCGUACAAACGGCUCUUACCGCCGCUUGGAUGUCGUACUCAGACGCUGGCUGGAUUCCACUUUGCCGCCCGACGCCGCGGAGCGUUGCAGCGGCGUUGCUACAGUAGCCAUCACACGCCUGUUCCCACGGCCGCGUGCCGAGACGAUUAGCACCUUCACUUCACGAGAGGACCUCAUAGCUGCGCUAAUGACUUCUUGUCACAUCCCGGCUUACUUUAACGGCGAGCUAACCGCCAACUUCCGCGGCAAAACGGCGAUCGAUGGCGGCGUGACAUCGCUGAUGCCGCGACCCACUGCGCCACAUGACUUCCUGCUCAAGGUGUGCUGCCUCCCUCGCGCCCAAGUGGCCCGCCUGCCCAUCUUCAACCGGCGGCGGAUGCUGGAGGACCUGCACCUGGGUAUCACACCGGACGCGUUCGGAGCCUGGCCCUACGGCCUGAAGGACAUGUUGACUGCAGCCCUGCACCCCCACUCCGACGACUUCAUCCAAACCCUGCUGGAGGCCGGCCGCCACGACGCAACCCACUGGGCCCACGCAACCGGACUCGCACCCCCCGGCCUGCCGCUGCCACCCCGACCGCCCAUGCCGCCGCUCGUGCUGGGAGCACGAGCAGGCCCCGCGACGGC